CCCGCUGCGAACCUCUCGCGCGCCCACGCCAUGGAAUCCCACAAAGGAGACCAUUGCUCCUUCGUCCUACUCGCAGAGUUCGACAUUGAUAGUGGUGCCCAACUCACCUAUCAGUUCCCUCAACCUCUCGGCACAGAUGAAGGACUGGUCGCCCACCUCAUGCUGCCGGACGGCGCGGAACGUCAUCUCGAAGACUGGACCAUCUUCUUCCUCAACCAAACCUCGUUCAACACCAUAUCGCCCGUCCUUGCACUUGAAGGAGAUGAGCCAAACGAGACGCACUCGGAGCUGCUAUAUGUGCUUAACCUUGUCCGGACGAAGCAUGAUAAGACGGCAAGAAGAGGUGCCGUGGUGAAAGCCAUGGCAAUAUGCACCCGUCAUCCUUUCAUCCAGAUUUUCAAGCCUGUCCUUCUGCUGGCCCUGGACGACUACUUCAGCAACCCCUCGCAAGAGUGUCUUUCUCGCUUAUUCGAUGCCAUCAACAACAUGGACAUAUCCGCAGCUCCUACCCUCUCCCGUGCCGAAAAACUCAUCAUGCGGUCCUGCGAGCGGAAGGAUGUCUUUUCCGAGAAGUUUGGCAUUGGCCCAUCGGACCUGCAGCACUACGUGAAUGGUCACAAUGGGACCCCUCCUAAAGCGCACAGGACCACCUCGUCAAACGGAUCACACUCGAGUGAGGAGUUUUCCAGGAUGCGCGCCGGUACUCCGCACACCAAUGGUACCGGAGGACGCGAGCGGUCCAUGACCCAGAGCAGUACCGCAAGCCAUGCCCAACAAGUUAAUGGCUCAUCGCCUUCUGAAACGUCGUUCACUUUAGGUGGAAGUGCUGUGUGGGUCGGCGAUGAGAGCGGACUACUUGAGAACCAAGUGGGUGUCGCUGUUGGCUCCGGUCCGGGUAGUGUCACCUCUGUCGGGAGCAGUGUGUUGGCGAGCACCGGCCGCGGCCGUAAAUCGACAGACGCCUCCUCGUCCUCGUCGCACAAUUACAACAGCGCCUACAGUGGUGCUAUCCCAACCUCAUCAGAUCCUUACCUGCGCACUGGACUUUCAAAGGAUACCCAUUUCUACCAGACUACGAUCUCGUAUAAGGGACACCAUUUACCCAUAAAAGUACCUCUAUCGACGUUCCCUGAAGAGGUUGGCGAAUAUUCACUUAUUCAGCUCAUAUCCACGUUCUCUACGCCGACAGUGACAGUGACCGGACCGAUUCACCCGCAUUUGCAUACUAAUGGGAACGCGACACACCCCAUAGUCAUCUUGUUCAACGCACUUGUAACUGGAAAGCGGAUUCUCUUCCUAGGACACAGUAUACCCGCGGGACAGGUCGCAAGCUACGUUUUGUCGGCCUGCGCGCUCGGCUCUGGGUGUGGUACCGUGCUAAGAGGGUUUGUGGAACGAGCGUUCCCUUAUGCAAGUUUGGCGGGUGGAGAGGAUUGGGUGUCCAUCCCCGGGUACAUCGCGGGUGUAACGAAUCCGAUUUUCGAGACAUCAGGAAACUGGGAUCUACUCAUGGACGUCGGCGCCGGGCGGGUGGUUGUUCACAAGGACAUCCAUUCCAGUUGUCCACCAACCGUUACGCCGCCUGCCAUCGUACCCCUCAUGAACCGGACAGGCACUAUGCGUAAUGAAAAUUCUGCACCAGGCGAUGAUGACGUGAAGCGCGCUGAGAAGGAGGGAAAGGACAGUACACAAUCGUCGAAGUCGGAGAGUUUGGACAACAUGUUCAUUGAAGAUCUCAUCGCGGCAAUAUCCUUUCACUUCGGCGAGAACAUCGUUCGUUUGCGCUUUGCCGAAUAUGUCUCCCGUUUCGUACGGCUAGCUUCCCGCUACGAGGAGGUCGCGGUGGGCUCUACUAAGCUUAGUUGGCCUAGUGCGCCUUUCGUUGAGGGUUCCCUGGGUAGUGGAAUCGUGUUUCCGGACGAAACGGCUGCAAUCAAGGAACUUGCUGUAAACACGAGCCGCAUCGAAGGGUGGAGGCGGAGUACAUCAUAUCAGUAUUGCGUGCAGGACUACCAGAGCGCUCAAGCAACGGACAGCAUACAGGGCUUUGAUGUUCGUCACCAGCUGUCGCGUUUGCGCAUGGUCAAAGAUCUCCCAGACUCAGAAGUGGAGUUGAUCAUGAGUACAUUACGUGACAACGUGGAAUCGUACGAGCAGGUCGUGGAGCUCCUCUCAUACGCGCCACCAUUGGCAGGCGGCCUGCAACCUCUCAGCUUUGGACUGUUUCACCAACAAGAACCGGUCCGUGAGGCGACCGUGGACUUGUUUAACCAGCUCCGCAGUUAUCCUGUCGGUGUAAUUUUCUUGCAGGCUCUGAACCACUUCCAGCGCUACGCCUAUGUCCGACAAGCCCAUGCGCGCGAGUCUCGGUCGAUGAAGGAACAGCCUUGCGGACAUCUUGCACCUCCGGCGCCGCCCAUGCUUUCUUCGCGAACACCUUCAAAUCGCAGUGAGAUUAGUUUGGGGGCAUCUUGAUCACAAAUGGCGCAUGGUUUUCGGAGAUCCCUGAGCAGGGACACUUGCAUGUAGUUCGUCUAUCUAUAUUUACAUAUUACCCCGUCGUCUG